AUGCGAUCAGUUUUACUUGCCGUUGGCGCAGUGUAUUUCUUACUUGUUGCUAAUUUUUAUAAUGAAUCACAUGGCUUUACGGAAUUCUAUAACGCUAUGUAUGCUGUAUGGAAAGUUGUUCCUAUCGUGUUUCUUACCAUCUUCGCUGCCUUAGAUGGAGGAGGUCUACCGACCACUGAGCGAACAUUGUGUGCUCUCGGUCUUUUCUUUGGUGGUGUCGGUGACGUUCUGAUCGGACUCAGCCAUGAAGGCAUCGUCACUGGGGCCAUAGCAUUUGGAAUCGGGCAUUUUUUCUAUAUGGUCUGCUACUGCGGUGGUCACUUUUUUUCGCGCCCGACAACAUGGUGCUGGCCACUAUUGGUCAUUACUUUCCUCUGGGGAAUCGUUAUUGGAGAGUUUUGCGUGUUUCCGAUGUUCGACGAGCAUCCGUUUGCGGUCACCGUAAUGGUUCUUUACUCAUUGAUACUCUCUUCUUGUCUUGUCCUCACUGGAUCUCAGUACUAUAACCGACAGAAGGUCGAUGAUAAAGAGGGUCUACUCCUGCGAUACAUUGGCUUCCUUAUGUUUUAUAUAUCUGAUUCUGUUUUGAUUAUGAAUCACACCGGACACAAAAUCCCAUUUCCCCAACUGAUUAUUCUAGGAACUUACUAUACUGCGCAGUAUCUCAUUUUGUGUGGUAAUAUUCACACUGCUCUUCAUGUUAAAGUCAUUCGCAACUAG